AUGCGUCCUACGACAUCCACACAGAACAUCUGUGCUCGCUGCUUGAACCGCGGGCGGCAUUUCUCAACCAAUGUGCAGCAUCGCGCUCAGCAGCCGAGUAAUGCGAUCGUCUCUUCCCCGCCGCAGACCGGAUAUGCUCGACUCACAAACCGGGGUUUGAUAUCGAUCACAGGCAUUGACAGCACGACAUUUCUCCAAGGCCUGAUCACGCAGAAUAUGCUAGUUGCGAAUGACCCGAAUCGCGCAAUCCGCCGAACCGGCACAUAUGCCGCCUUCCUUAAUUCUCAAGGCCGUGUAUUAAACGAUGCAUUUAUCUACCCGAUGCCCAGAGUCGACGGAGGGGCUGCCGCACCCGAGGACCCGGCAUGGCUGGUUGAGGUGGACAAGUGCGAGGUCUCCAGCCUCAUGAAGCAUCUCAAAAAGCAUAAGCUGCGGUCCAAAUUGAAGUUGCGGGCAUUGGAAGACGGCGAGCGCACCGUCUGGUCGUCAUGGAAGGACCACACCGAGCCCCGAUGGGCGGCGUACAAUCUUGAAUCCGAAUCGUCGUCACAAUUCUCACCCUCGUCGCCCAUCGCGGGCUGUGUUGAUACCCGCGCUCCGGGGUUCGGAUCCCGAAUCGUCACCCCCGGCGGGGAGGACCUCCGCAUGCACUUCCCCGACGAGGCCCAGGUCGCUGGAGGGGAAGUCGAUCUGGGAGCUUAUACCGUGCGCCGAAUGUUGCACGGCAUCGCGGAGGGCCAGUCCGAGAUCAUCCGCGAGUCGGCUCUGCCGCUCGAAUGCAACAUGGACAUGGCGCGGGGGGUCGACUUCCGCAAGGGCUGCUAUGUGGGCCAGGAGCUUACGAUCCGUACCCACCACACGGGGGUGGUGCGCAAGCGGAUUGUGCCUGUGCAGCUAUACACAGGCGCUCAGGAUACCGUUCCUGUGGAUGGGCUCCCAGCGUAUGAUUCAUCUGUGGAGGUGCCCUCGCCGCCGAGCGGAACGAACAUUUCGAAAGUCGGCGCCAGAAAGGGCCGUAGUGCUGGGAAGUUCCUUGGCGGGGUGGGAAACAUCGGCCUGGCUCUCUGUCGGUUGGAGAUGAUGACCGACAUCGUGCUUACAAGUGAGGGGACACAGUAUAAUCCCGAAACUGAAUUCAAGGUCUCGUGGACGGCAGCUGACGAGGGACCAGUGGGCCCUUCGGAUUCUGGAGAGGUGAAGAUCAAGGCGUUCGUGCCACCUUGGCUGAGGGAAUACAUUGCCUCCGGUGGAGUGAGAAACACUGCCCGAAAGAUUGAUAAUGAAGAUGCCCAACGGGCAAGGGAGCUCCUGUAUCAACUAGACGAGGAGGAAGAACUACGGCGGAACGAGUGA